AAUAAAUCAAUUUAAACACAUUAUAACUAAUAAUUUACACGGCAAUUGAUAUUGCAUGGAAGUUAUAUUCGACAAAUUGAUGAAACACCUAUGAGAACGUUCAAACUCACCUCCAUCCACCAUCGGAAGCCGCCGGGAAUUGCUGCCGGAGCCGCCACAACCAAUUUUAUCAAUGCUACCAUCAGCCGACUCUCCUCCCAAGGCCUCCACCGCGAGGUCCUCAUCGCCUUCGCCUCAAUGCUCAAGUCCCCCGCCACUGCUCCGGACGCCUUCACCUACCCUUCUCUCCUCAAGGCUUGCACUUCGCUCGGCUUUGAUUCUCUCGGCGUCUCUCUCCACCAGCAGGUUAUCGUUAAUGGAUACUCCUCAGACUCCUACAUUUCUUCGUCGUUGAUUAAUUUCUACGCAAAAUUGCGGAACACUGAGUAUGCACGGAAGGUGUUCGAUGAUAUGCCUCAGAGGAAUAUCGUCCCCUGGACUGCCAUUAUUUGGUGUUAUUCCAAUGCCAGGGAUAUGAAUAAUGCAUUUUCCAUUUACAACUCUCUGCAACGCGAAGGUAUCGUGCCUAGCUCAAUUACUAUCUUGAAUAUGCUUACAGGAGUUUCUGAGAGUCGGCACGUCGAUGUUUUGCACGCUUGCAUAAUUAAAAAUGGCUAUUUACGUGAUGUGAUUUUGAUCAACUGUUUAUUGAGUGUAUAUGCCAAGUGUGGAAGAGUAGAAGACGCGAGAGAGCUGUUUGAUUUAUUGGAUGACAAAGAUCUUGUUUCUUGGAAUAGUCUGAUUAAUGCCUACUCUUUAAUGGGGAACAUUACUGAAGUUGUAAAGCUUUUCACAAAAAUGAGGUUUGAAAGCAUAGAACCAGAUCAACAGACUUUCGGGUCGUUGGUGUCGGCUAUUGCUAGAGAAGGUUGCGAGGAGGUGGGCAGAAUUGUUCAUGGGCUAAUAGUAAGCUCAGGGUUUGAAUCAGAAAAACAUGUAGGAACAUCACUUGUGUCAUUUUACUCAAGAUGCAGAAGGGUGGAUGAAGCACUGAGAAUUUUUGAGAUGGCUAACGAUAGAGAUACUGUAUUUUGGACUGCCAUGAUCUCCGGGCUUGUACAGAGUGAUUCUGCGGACAAGGCAUUGGCAUUGUUUCGGAAAAUGUUGGUUUCCGGAGUGCUUUUGUCUGCUGCAACCAUUGCUUGUGUUCUUGCAGCUUGUGCACAGCUAGGUUCUAUUAAGCUUGGAAAGUCGAUACAUUGCUACAUGCUAAGGCAAAAGAUGGCUCUAGAUAUUCCUUCGCAAAAUUCUCUUGUCACCCUGUAUGCGAAAUGUGGCUUUUUGGACCAGAGUUUUACGGUCUUUAGUAUGAUGGCGGGAAGGGAUGUCAUCUCCUGGAAUGCAAUUGUUGCUGGUUAUGCGCAGAAUGGAUAUUUGGACCAAUCGCUGCAUUUAUUUCAUGAGAUGAGGUUAGAUCAGCAGCAACCGGAUUCAGUAACCAUAAUUUGCCUUCUCCAGGCAUGUGCUUCUCUCGGUGCAUGCCAUCACGGGAAGUUGAUGCAUAACUUUGUCAUCAGAAGCUUUAUGGGACCGUGUAUCAGGAUAGGCACAGCUUUGGUCGAUAUGUAUGCUAAAUGUGGUGACCUUGGUUCAGCUAGAAAGUGCUUCGACAGAAUGCCCCAGCACGACACUGUUUCUUGGAGCACUAUUAUUGCAGCAUAUGGUAGCAAUGGGAAAGGGGAGACUGCCAUGGAGAUGUAUUCCAAGUAUCUGCAAGAUGGACUUGAACUGAAUGAUGUCAUUUUCUUAUCCGUCCUCUAUGCUUGCAGUCAUAACGGGCUUGUGGAUUGCGGCUUGGCCUUGUUUGAGUCCAUGAAAAAUGAUCAUAAUAUUGAACCAAAGACUGAGCACUGUGCCUGCAUUGUUGAUCUCCUCUGCCGAGCUGGUAGGGUGCACGAUGCGUAUGAUUUCUACAGGAAGACCUUUGCAAAGCCGAUGGUCGAUGUAUUGGGAAUACUACUUGAUGCCUGCAGAAACUAUGGCGCAGAACAGCUUGGGUGCAUCAUUGCCAAUGAAAUAUCUGAAAUUGAACCUGCAGAUGGUGGCAAGUAUGUCCAACUGGCUCACACCUUUGCUUCAAUGGCCAGAUGGGAUGGCGUGGGAGAAGCCUGGGCACAAAUGAGAUCUCUUGGGCUGAGAAAACUUCCAGGUUGGAGUUUUAUCGAGAUGCAUGGCGUGAUCACCCCGUUUUUUACACGCCACACUUCACACCCUGAAUAUGCAAGCAUAGUUUCGAUAUUGAAGAAUCUGACAGAGGAAACUAAGGAAGUAGAAUUGGUUCCAGAGCAUGAAGAUUUUAUCCUUGAUUGUGAUGUUCUUUGACUAGGAGAUCCAUUUUCUCGACUGGACGGGCGUAAACCCAGCCUGGAGUUGCAGUUUCCAGGUGUAUUUCUUCGAGAGGAUCGCUUGGAUGGAUGUAGGCGUAUUGGAGGUAGCUCUUCAAGUUCAGGUUUGGUUCUCUUGCGCGCUCUAGGAUAUCUUUCAUCAUUGUUUCCUGGAAUGGAAUAUAUAUACACACAGCAAGAGAAUCUGUGGAACCAAAUGGUCAAAACUGGAAGCACGAUAAGAAAUGGCGUGGACUGAGCAGCACCUUUGGUGCUCAGUAAUCCCAUCAGUAUAAGCUGCGAGAAUACAAGGGCAGAGAUUAUUCGACCAUGGACAUCCGGC